AUGUCCUCUUUCAUGUUUUCUCACCUAGUUAAUGUUGUUGCUGGUGGCACAAGGACCUCAUCUGGCUUCAAGGCAGUCCAUCUCAAUGCAUGUGCUAGGGCGGUCAAUGAAAGGUUCAAUAGUACUUUCACGGUGCUGGCUAGUUGGGAUGAGAAAAUUUUCAUUAUUACUCUUGAUGAUGAGCACUAUAAUGGUUAUAUUGAGGAUCACAAGGCUAAUGCAGAUUAUUUUAACAAACCUCUUGCACACUAUGGUGAGAUGCUUACAAUAUUUGGUAGCACCAUGGCUACAGGAAAGUAUGCAAAGGACUCAAGUUCAGUCCUAGGAACAGAGGAUGUUCAAGAUGACAAUGAUGAAGAAAAUGAUGGUCCUGCCACUACUGAUGAUCGUGCGGAGGCAUCAUCUGCAAGUAAGCCAAAGAAAGCAAAAACACAAGAGAAUGAAGAUGACGGGCUGAUUGGUGCAUUCACUAGUGUUGGUGACAAGCUUGCCUCUGCUAUACUAAAGGUAGCCGAGCCGGACAAUAAGCUUCCAGAAGGUUUAUUUGACAUAUUGAAAACCCUUCCUGGUUUUGAGGAGGUCCAUAGAUCAUUUUACUAUGCUCAUUUGGUUGCUAACCCUCACAUUGCUAGAGCUUUCGAUGGACUUCCAUUUGAAAACAAGAUGCAUUGGUUUGCUAUGUUCAUUAGUGAAAAGUUCCCUGGAUCAACAUAGGCUUCUUGGAUGAGUUGGAUAGUUCUUUUGGUGUUAUGUGUUGUUGGUUGGCUUAUUUACCUAUUAUGUAAGACUUUAAACUGCCAAUAUGUUUGAGGCAGAGAACUUACUAGUACGAGUAAGACUUAAAAUUGCUAUCAUGUGCAAGAAUUAAAUGUGAAGACCUUAAGUUGCUAAUAUAUGUAAGACUAAAAUUUGCUAUUAUUAUGUGUGGCUUGUAUUAUAUGUGCA